GCCACGGGUGCAACGACUGGCGAGCAUUAGAGAAAGUGAAAGAACGAUCAGAAGGCGUGGAUGUUGCAAAUUUCACCGAGCAGUGUGCACAGGAGGGGGAGGCACCUUCUGGGACAGGCUCUUUUCAAGUGUGGCGGCAAAAUUUGGAAGCUUCCCCUUCAAGUGUCUGCUCGUACUCCCCUCAUGCCAGCCCAGCCCCUGGUGAGCACUCUCUGCAGAGUCCUCCUGUGCCCCGCGCUCUCGCUUCCUGGGGAGCGGGAGACACAGACGUGCGGGUCCCGUCCCGAGGCCAGCACCCGGGCGAUGGCUUUGGUGGCUUAGGUGGCGGUGCGCCCGGCCCAGCCCGGAAGGCCGGGGCCCUAGGGCUGCGCAGGCGGGACCAGCCCGGGCCGGUGUGGGGCGGCUGGGCCAGGGAGAGGACAGCCGGGAGCGCCAGGGCGGGAGCAGCGGGGCUGCCAGGAGUUCUGUCGUCGUCCCAUCCGUCGCUGCCGCCGCCAGUGCUGGGAGUCCGUGUGUGUGCUAGACAAACCACCCUGUCACUGAGCUUGGAAUCUGAAGUCACACCGGUCUAGGGUCCAUAGUAGGACUGCAGCAUGCCAGUGAUGUGACCUUCACUUUUGGUUUCAUACCCAGUGGACCCAUGGCUGGUUUUUCUGGUUUAGUCGGUAGAGCAAUUUGCAUAUUUCCUUGAAGAACUCUCUGAAGCUUUACAGCCUGCCUUUGGACUCACAGAGCGGGACGCCCACGUUGGUUCUCCAGAAUUGGAAUGAAAGCCCCUUCAUUCUUCAGCAAGUGUGUUUGAUGCACACCGUAGUCUAAGCCAGUGGAAGCUCGGGGCGUAAGCAAGGACUCCACCUGCUCUGAGACUUACAUUCCUUGUGUGCACACAGGGGCCGGGAAUGGCCACAUGGAACAAGCCACACCCAACGCAGCCUGUGGCACCAGAGCCAGCUGCAGAAGAUGAUUCCCAGAAGCCCCUGGGCCGGGAGCUCUCGGAGGCCAAUCGCUUCGCCUAUGCCGCCCUGUGUGGCUUCUCGUUGUCACAGCUGUUUCCAGAACCUGAACAAAGCUCCUUCUGCGCAGAAUUUGUGACGGGCCUGGUGAAAUGGCUGCAUCUGCCUGAAACUGUCCUCCCAACCAUGAUGGCGUUUGCCAGCGGCCUUGGAGGUGAAGGAGCCGACAUCUUUGCUCAGACUUUAUUGCAGGACCCCAUUCUGAAAGACAACCCAUCAGCAGUCAGUCAGGACCUCCUGAGCUUCUCACUCAAGAAUGGACACUAUGAUGCCCGGGCCAGAGUCCUCGUUUGUCAUGUGACCUCCCUGCUCCAGGUGCCCAUGGAGGAGCUCAGCAUUCUGGAAGAGGUGUUCCUGGAGAGCCUGAAGGACGCCAAAGAGGAGGAGUCUGAGACCGCAGAGGCAUCCCGGAAAAGAAAAGAAAAACGGAGGAAGUGGAAACGCUAUCUUCUGAUAGGCCUGGCCACAGUUGGAGGCGGGACAGUGAUUGGUGUGACUGGGGGACUAGCUGCCCCACUUGUCGCUGCAGGAGCCGCAACCAUCAUAGGCAGUGCCGGGGCAGCCGCUUUGAGCUCAGUGGCUGGCAUCGCUGUUAUGACCUCACUGUUUGGUGCAGCCGGAGCUGGCCUGACAGGAUACAAGAUGAAGAAGCGCGUCGGGGCCAUUGAGGAGUUCAUGUUCCUGCCUUUGACGGAAGGCAGGCAGCUACAUAUCACCAUUGCCAUCACUGGCUGGCUCGGGUCCGGCAGAUACCGCACAUUUAAUGCCCCAUGGAUGGCCCUAGCCCGCAGCCAGGAGCAGUACUGCCUUGCCUGGGAGGCCAAGUACCUGAUGGAGUUGGGCAAUGCCCUGGAGACCAUCCUCAGUGGCCUCGCUAACAUGGUAGCACAGGAGGCUCUCAAGUACACAGUGCUCUCUGGUAUCGUGGCUGCUCUAACCUGGCCAGCCUCACUCCUCAGCGUCGCCAAUGUCAUCGACAACCCCUGGGGCGUGUGUCUCCACCGGUCGGCAGAGGUUGGCAAGCACCUGGCGCAUAUCCUUCUCUCACGGCAACAGGGCCGGAGACCUGUCACCUUGAUUGGAUUCAGUCUGGGAGCCAGAGUCAUCUACUUCUGUCUGCAAGAAAUGGCUCAGGAGCAAGAUUGCCAAGGGAUCAUUGAGGAUGUGGUCCUUCUGGGCGCACCAGUAGAAGGGGACCCCAAGCACUGGGAACCAUUCCGGAAUGUGGUGUCUGGGAGAAUCAUCAAUGGCUACUGCAGGGGAGACUGGCUGCUGAGCUUUGUGUACCGCACAUCUUCCGUGCAGCUCCGCGUCGCUGGCCUCCAGCCUGUGCUGCUGCAGGACCGGAGGAUGGAGAAUGUGGACCUGACCUCAGUGGUCAAUGGCCACUUGGACUACGCCAAGCAAAUGGAUGCCAUCCUGAAGGUUGUGGGCAUCCGCACCAAGCCUGGCUGGGGAGAGAAGGGACUCCCACUGGCCCCUGGCAGCCUGCCCCAAGAAGAGCCUCUCCAGACAGCCAUAGUCUCUACAGAUGAGACAAUCCUCCAGGAUGGACAAAGCCAGGGACCUGCCUCAGAAGACAGUCUCAAAACCACCAUACCUUCCAGUGCCAGCCAAGCCCAGAUGCCAGCAGGGCUGAACCAGUCCACAGAGGACUCGCUCUCUACUGCUGCGGCCCCAGCAGAGGGACACCUGAUCUGCAGCCAUGGUGUGGGUCCCAACCCACUGGGCUGCCCUGACUGCAGCCAUGGGACCCAGGAGUCCUGUACAGAACUGGACUGACCCAGCAGGCAUCUGGACUACCUCUCCGGACUUCUGUAUGCAACUUUCUCUAACCCUUGCUGACUUCCCAGAGAGCUCUAGGGGUGGGGAAUUUCUACAAGUGCCUUUCUUAAACAGAUAGGAGCUAGAAUGGAGAGGUGAGGGAGAAAGCACUGGCUUUAGGAGGCAGGACUGGCAGUAUGACCUGCCAGGUCAACCCAGCGCUAAACCAGUGUAGGCUCCCGCCCUGCAGGUCCCAUCCAAAGGCCCAAAAGUUUCUGUGGGACUAGAGGUCCCCGUGCUCCCUUUUCUCCAACCUCAGUGGACCCAGUGUCUUCCAGAUCUUCCAUCAACUCUCCCAGGCUGCCCACUGAUCCCAGGCUCCAUCAGCGAGCGUUUUCAAGUGCCAAUGAGACACUUUGCUUCCUCUGCCCUUGGAAGGAGCAGCUCUGUUCGGUACAUUUAUGCAGGCUGGGUGCACUGGACAACAGCAGGCAUAACAGGCAUCAAUGUGAUGUAUGUGGCAGCCCACCCUGAGCUUGUGAAACACGUGACCCUGGAUAGAAUUGUAGCAAGAGGAAUAAAGGCAGAAGUCACAGUCAGGCUCUCAAGGACUGGGCCUUGGUAAGCGUGGAUUACAUGAGGGGGGACCAAUAAACACUGCUUAUCACACCCUAA